AUGGCUCAGGAACACGGCGCCCGGCAGAAGAAGGGCCCCCGGCCCUCUGUGGCCCGCGGAAAGACGCUGAAGCGCAAGCGUGGCCAGGACAACCUGUCGUCGCUGCAGGAGCAGAUCGAAGCGCUCGACCCUAAAGCCAGCGUUGCCUCCUUCACCGACCUGCCUCUGUCCGAACCGACGACGUCGGGGCUCGCGGCCUCGCACUACAAGACGUUGACAGACAUCCAGUCUCGCGCCAUCCCGCAUGCGCUGAAGGGGCGGGACAUCCUGGGCGCGGCGAAGACGGGCAGCGGCAAGACCCUCACGUUUCUGGUGCCCGUGCUGGAGAACCUGUAUCGGAAGCAGUGGACGGAGCACGAUGGGCUGGGGGCGUUGAUUUUGUCGCCCACACGCGAGCUGGCGAUCCAGAUCUUCGAGGUGUUGCGCAAAAUCGGCCGGUAUCAUGCCUUCUCGGCAGGCCUGGUCAUCGGCGGGAAGAGUCUACGGGAAGAGCAGGAGAGGCUGGGGCGGAUGAACAUCCUGGUCUGCACCCCCGGCCGUAUCCUGCAGCAUCUGGACCAGACCGCGUCGUUUGAUGUAUUCAACCUGCAGAUGCUGGUGCUGGACGAGGCCGACCGGAUCAUGGACAUGGGCUUCCAGCGCUCCGUCGACGCCAUCGUCGAGCAUCUCCCCAAGGACCGCCAGACCAUGCUCUUCAGUGCCACGCAGACGAAGAAGGUCUCCGAUCUGGCCCGCUUGAGUCUGCAGGACCCGGAAUACGUCGCCGUCCACGAGGCCUCCACCACCGCCACCCCGACCACCCUGCAGCAGCACUACGUUCUGACCCCUCUACCGGAGAAGCUCGAUGUCCUGUGGAGUUUUAUUCGCAGCAACCUCAAGUCCAAGACCAUCGUCUUCCUUUCCUCGGGCAAACAGGUCCGCUUCGUUUACGAAUCCUUCCGACAUCUCCAACCCGGUAUCCCCCUGAUGCAUCUCCACGGCAAGCAAAAGCAAGGCGGGCGGCUCGACAUCACCACCAAAUACUCGCAAGCACAGCAUGCCGUCCUGUUUGCGACCGAUGUUGCCGCGCGAGGGCUGGAUUUCCCCGCCGUCGACUGGGUCAUCCAGCUGGACUGUCCCGAGGAUGCAGACACCUACAUCCACCGCGUGGGGCGGACGGCCCGAUAUGAACGCGACGGCCGUGCCGUGCUAUUCCUCGACCCGAGUGAGGAAGCGGGCAUGCUCAAACGCCUAGAACAGAAAAAGAUCCCCAUCGAGAAGAUCAACAUCAAGGCCAACAAGCAGCAGAGUGUCAAGAACCAGCUGCAGAACAUGUGCUUCAAGGAUCCGGAGCUCAAGUAUCUCGGCCAAAAGGCGUUCAUCUCGUACGUCAAGUCGAUCUACAUCCAGAAGGACAAGGAGAUCUUCAAGCUCAAGGACCUGCAGUUGGAGGACUUUGCCUCCAGCCUCGGUCUUCCUGGUGUGCCCCGCAUCAAGUUUAUCAAGGGAGACGAUACCAAGGAGCUCAAGAACGCCUCGCGGGCGAUGACACACUUGUCCGAUGACGAGGAAGAUGACGACGAUGGAGCCAAGAAGGCCGACAAGAAGGACAAGGUACGGACAAAAUACGACCGGAUGUUUGAGCGCCGCAACCAGAACGUCCUGGCGGAUCACUACUCGAAACUGAUCAACGACGACGGAACAAUCGUGGAUACUCCGGACGAGAACGACGACGGCGAAGGAUCAGGCGAUGAGGAUGACUUCCUGACCGUGAAGCGGCGCUUCGAGGCCGGAGACGAAGAUCUUGGAAUCGAGGCCGGCGAGGACAACACACUGGUCGGCGAGGCGGCCAACAAGAAGAAGGAUGUCAAGGUGGUGAACCUGGACGGCAAGGAGCUGAUCAUCGACUCGAAACGGCGCGAGAAGCUGCUCACCUCCAAGAAGAAGCUGCUCAAGUACAAGGGCAACGGCAAGAAGCUCAUCUACGACGAAGACGGCAACGCACACGAGGUCUACGAGCUGGAGGACGAGGAGAAGUUCAAGGCCCGCGGCGAUGCAAGCGAGCAGCGCGCCAAGUUCCUCGCGGACGAGACCGAGCGCACCCGCAUGGCAGACGUGGAGGACAAGGCCCUCGCCCGGCAGAAGAAGCGCGACAAAAAGGAGAAACGCAAGGCGCGCGAGCGCGAGCUGCUGGCCAUGGAAGACCAGAGCGACGACGCCGACCUCGGCGUCCAGCUGGCCCCUUACCAGGAUCACCACCACUCGGACUACGAGCUCUCGGCACCCGAGUCAGAUCUCGCUGCCGCACCACCCCGGCCGAGCAAGAAGCAGAAGGUCUUCUUCGCGGACCCCUCGUCGGACGACGACCGGGUCCCCAAGCAGAAGAAGAACAAGGGACAACAACAACAACCGGGCCCGAUCGAGACGCUGGAAGAUCUGGAGGCGCUGGCCAGCGGGCUUCUUGGCUGA